AUGCAGUUCAAGACCUUCGCCGCCACUUUCUUCAUCGCCUUCGCCGCUGCCCUUCCCACCGAAGAGGCCUCUACCGUCGUCGUCACUACCGACGCCGCCGCCACAAACGCCCCCACCACCAACGCUCCCACCACUGAAGUCAAGAUCUACGUGUCCAAGAAGACUUGGCAGGCUGCUGGCCACUGCGAGUUCAAGUACAGCAAGCUCGAGAACUGCAAUGCCGCGUGCUACGCCGAGGCCACCACUGGCAAGGGCGCCCAGUGCCCUGACUUUCAGUACCUCAAGGGCAGGAAGACUGGAGGCUGCCUCCCCUUCCGCGACACCUGCGAAUGCUCCUGCGUUUACUAA